CCGACAGACAUAGCGAAAUGGCGAAGCCGGUUGCAAAAAAAGUGACUGACUGCAUGUCGGAGGACGAUCCAAACGCAAAUGUAGACGGCUGUGGCGCGACAAACAAGGCCAGAUGGGGACCUAAUCAUGCUGGGGCGAAGGAACUGAAAAAUCUUUAUUCUACCGGUAAAAGAGUCCAGGAACUAAUUUGUGUUGCAAUCUAUCUUGUUCUUAUUGCCUACGACUUAUUCCAAAUGGUUUAUCAUUUCCAGUCUAGCAAGAUAAUGACAAUAUUACCAUCUAUAGUUUUUGGUAUUAUAGUAGCAGACUUUGCAUCUGGUCUAGUUCACUGGGGAGCCGACACGUGGGGCUCGGUAGAAAUGCCAAUAUUUGGAGCAAGUUUUAUUCGUCCAUUCCGGGAACAUCACAUUGACCCGACGUCUAUCACACGACAUGAUGUCAUUGAAGUGAAUGGUGACAACUGUAUGGCUACACUACCUGGAUUGAUAUGGUUGGCAUACAAGUAUAUGACUCAGAACCCAGAACAGAUUCAGGAAAACUACAACUAUGAUUGUUUUUUGAUGGCUCUAGUAUUUUUCGUCACUUUGACAAAUCAGUUCCAUAAAUGGUCUCACACAUAUUUUGGUCUUCCUAAGUGGGUAACAUUUUUACAGGAUUGGAAUCUUAUUCUUCCACGUCAACAUCACCGCAUUCACCAUGUGUCUCCACAUGAGAGUUACUACUGUAUCACCACAGGUUGGUUGAAUUAUCCACUUGAAGCAAUCUCCUUCUGGAGAGGAUUUGAAUAUCUCAUUGAAAAAAGCACUGGAGCCAAACCAAGAUCAGAUGAUAUGAAGUGGGCUGUCAAACAGGAAUAGGAGAUAAUUCUUGCUCUAACCAAUGCAAUGAAAAGCAUAUGAAUCUUUUCACUUAUAGCCAGUUGCACUGUCAUUUGAGUUCUGGGACUUGUAAUUGCAGACCUUCAUGAGUUAUAAAAUUUGAAUGCAAUUGUGUAUAAUGAUUCUAUAUAAUGUUACUGUGCAUUAUCACCUGAACCCUCAACAAAAGCUGGUAACAAUUCAUAAAGCACUUCCAGGUUUCUUUUGUAAAUCACACUUUUUAAUCCAUUUGAUUUAACGCUUAUGUGGUCAAGUCAGUUUAAAAGACAAGAUUAUGGUUAAUAUUUCCUCUUCACACACCUUAAUAUUUACAAGUGUCCUGUCCCUGAAUUUAACAGGUAUUUCAUUGGUUGAUCCCUCCAUCGAUUUUUGUCCAAAUUAUUAUGAUGCCACUUAUGUUUAAUUAGGUAUUUAAGAUAAAUCAAAUCAUAUCCAUUUUUAAUUCUCAGCCAAAUUUUAUAAUACUAUGUGCAAUGACAGUUUUGAUAAAACAGUUUUACAUAAUGGAUAGGUUUUUAGAAAAUAAUAUUAGUUUGCAAACAUUUUUAUGUGUGAUGUAUUGUUCGAGAUGUCUUCUCCAGUUUGUGCUAUAUAUCAUUGUCAGUAACCAUAUAUCUUUUAUUAUAGGAAUAAUUUGAGUAGUGCACAUAGUGAAUUCAAUGAAUGUUGUAAUCUUUUUUUUGUUUCAAUUACAGCAGCCUAAUUAAUAAAAUUGUCAAAGAAAGUGUAA